AUGCUCGAGGCGAGAACGAUUUCAGACUCCAGCGGUGAUGGCGAGGCGGCCGGAGAGGAAUUGCAGGCAGCAGGCAGGCAGGAGGAGGCUCGUUCUCCUCAGGAGCAGACGAAUCCGUCCCAAGCCAGUCCCUCCAGUCCCUCUCGUUCACCUGCUCAGCAACAGCAGCAGCAACAGCCAGGUUCCACGUCAGCAGCAGCGGCAACAAGCUCAGAAGAUCCUCCUGCGGCGCAACCCCGACCUGCAGGUGCCUCAGCGUCCGAACCAGCAAUAGGCUCGGCGACGGGCGACUCUGCAGGUGGUUCGGCAUCCAAGCCUCGGGUGGCGAAGAAGCCACACCACCGGAAUGUGAUAGACCAGAAGCUGCAGCAAGAGAUAGUCGCUCUGAAGCAGGCUCACCCCGUGCUCACCAGCGCGCAUAUCGCGCGCGCGGUUUCGAAGCUGUACGGAGUGCCAGUGAAAGAAUCGCAGGUGGAGAUGAUUAUAUUGCGGUCCACUGUAGACCGGUCAGUUCAGAGCGACUGGACCAGGUGGCGGCGUACGCGUUAUAAGAACCCGCCGCUGGAGGAGACGCUGGUGCAGUGGGUGCGCGAGAGGAAGCGUGAGCAGGAACGCGACCCGAUGAGAAUAAUUAAAGGGGUUAAGAAGCAGCUUUCGGUCAGGGAUAUGCGGGAUUAUGCGAUGACAUUAGGACCGUCGUUUGGUGUGCCUGACGUCUUUAAGUACAGCAAUGAUUGGAUUCAGAAGGUUCUGGAAGAGAACGGGUUGAAUAAGAAAGGCGAGGAGAUUAGUAGGCCGGGAGGUGAAGGUUUGGGGAAUGAUGGUGGGAGCAGCGGAGCAGGUUUGGGGGAAGGUAGUGCUGAUGGGUUGGACCGAGGCGGGAGCCCAGGUUCGGAGAAGCCAGGCUCGGAGAAGCCCAAGCCGAAGCGUCCUUUGGUUCGGAACGAGAUCCCGUUUGAGCUCCAGCUUCGGUACGAGAUUGCUGUGGUUAAGCACGCUCGGCCGCACUUAGAGAAUAAAGUGAUUGCUGCUGCCAUCAGGGCUAAGUACGGGGUCGAAAUGACCCCGAGGGCGAUAAGGAAGAUUGCGGAGGAGAGCGAUAAGUGGUUUAGGUUGGCUGCAGGAGUGGUCUCAGAUCCUGACCAGUCCCGAAUGGAGGAAGCUUUAGCGGAGUGGGUGAUUAAAGAGGAGGAGACGGAGAAGAGGGAGGUGACUAUAGAGGAGAUUAUAGCAAAGGCGAAGGAGAUUGGGCCGGGGUAUAAGGGCGAGGGGCAGGAGGAGGAAGGGGAGGAGGAGGGGGAGGAGGAGGACGAGGAGGAGGAGGAGGUGGAGGAAGGGGGGGAGAAGGAGGAGGCCAGACAGAGAGUGAUAUAUGGAAAUGGUGGGGGGGGAGGAGACGAAGGGGGUGCUGAGGGGAAGAAGGGGGAAGAUGGGGGAAUAGAGAGGGGUACGGUGGAGGGAGGUGAGGAGAGAGCAGGAGAAGAGGGGCCAGAGGUUGUGAGGCAAGCUUCUGAUUUAGCUGCUACUGGCGCCGAUGGUUCUGUUGCUGCUGCUGCUGAUGGUAUUGCUGCUGCCGAUGGCGGUGCUGCUGCUGUUGCUACUGCUGCUGCUGCUGAUGGUGGUGAUGGUGGUGUUGAUGGUGGUGCUACUGCUGCUGCUGCUGCUGCUGCUGCUGCUGCUGCUGCUGCUGCUGCUGCUGCUGCUGCUGCUGCUGCUGCUGCUGCUGCUGCUGCUGCUGGUGACGGCAGUCCUAGUGAUGCUGCAGCUGCAGAAGGAAUGAAAAAGAGAGGAACCAAGAGGGUUAGGUGGGAGGACGAGCAGCAGGAGGGGCGAGACGACGAGAGGGGAACGGGGGAGAAGGAGGCGGGAGGAAGGGAUGGAAGUCGGGAGGGUGGUCGUGAGGGUUCUGCGGCGGUUGGAGACGGGGAUGGGGAUGCGGAUGGUGAUAGUGGUGGUGAUGGCGGUGGUACUAGUGAUGGGGAUGGUGAUGGUGGUGCAGGUGAUAGUGGUGAUGGUGGUGGUGCUGCUGCUGGUGCUGGUGGCGAUGAUGGGCAUGGUGGUGGUGAGGGUAGUGGUGCGGAGAAACUAAGGCAUGCAGCACACAGUGCGCCACAGAGUGCGGCCACAGAAUCUGUUGCUGUCAUGACCCUCACAGCGGAGGGGGAAGCACUGGAUGAGGAUAGCAGUGAAGGAGAAGAAGCAGAAGGAGAAGCAGAAGGAGGCGCAGUGGAGCUUGAUGCAGCCGAGAAGGGAGGCUGCUCUGAUGAUGCAGCCCCCAGGGGACCCGCUGGUGUCUCUUCCCCUGUGCCCAUCGUUCUCGCCCUUGCCGCUUCCAACCAUCCCGAUGCCCCUGCCGUGCCCCACACCACGACCCUUGCAGCGUCAUCCCAAGCCGCCCCAGCUUCCCACACCACAGACCUUCUCAACGCAUCCCAAGCUGCUCCGGCUUCCCAGGCUGCGAAACCCCGCAAUUCCUCCCAAGUCGCCCUGGCUUCCGGAACCACAGAAAAGGCAUCAAAUUCCGAUGCUUCUUCUGGAAAAGCUGCCUCCGAUCCGAAGCGCUGCACGGUUAGGGAGUUGACGGUGGGUCAGAAACGAGCAUUCUGCCUCGUGCGCCACGCCCUGCCGAACCUGCACCAAGCCUCCAUUCACGAGCUCGCCAAGGCUGCGCUGCCGGCUUGGAGAGCGCGCGUGUCGUUUGAUACUGUGAGGUACGUGGUGAGGGAUAGCUGGUGGUGGCUGAAGAUUCCUCGGGGGAAGGAGGAGGAGAUGAAGAAUAAACCAAGGAAAAAGAGGAGGAGUAGGAAAGAGAAGGGCAUAGGGCGGUGUGCAAAGCUGGAGGAGGCGCUAUGGAAGUGGAUAGAGGGGAUAGGAGCAGCGGAGUUGGUGAGGAAAGGGAGGGUGAGGAAUGGGAUGUUGGUGAUGAAAGAGGGGGAGCUGGGUAGAGGUGGGAAAAAGGUCGGCGGGAAGGGCGGAGAGGGGAGAAGGAGGCGGCAUUGCUCGUCUGCUCUUGAGAUCUCUCAAAACCCUCAAUUGUCCGCUCCUGUUUUUCUGACACUGGAGAUGAUAAUUGGAAUGGCGAAGGAGCUAGGACCGACUCUGGACGCUCCUCCUGGAUUUAAUUACUCGGAGUCCUGGGAUCCGCACCGGUAUGCGCUGGACAAGUGGGCGGAUGAUCCUGACCUCUCCAGCCUCAUGCGGUGUGUGCUCGGGCCAAACUGGCUGAAACAGUGCACCCGAAGAGGCGGCAUUGCGUAUGAGAAUGACGGCAGCUUGAUUGCUGAUGCUGCUGUUGCCGACUGCCGUCCUCCCCGCCGUCGUCGUGCGGUUGCUACUGGUGCUGCUGCUGCUGCUGCUGGUGGGGGGAUCAGCAGUUCUCCCGCCGGUCCGGCCGUUUUCAACCGCACUGCACCUCAUGGGGAUUCAUGGGCAGGCGGCCUCACUGUGCCCCGUGCAGCGUAUCUGGACAACUACCUGGACAGACCCACAGGAACAACCUCUCUCGCUGCUGCUGCUGUCGCUGCUGGUGCUCGAGUCACAAGAAGCCAGGCUUUUGCAAAAACAGGAGGAGGAGGAGGAGGAAGAGGAGCGGGCGUAGCAGGCGCAGCAGGUGUCAAACGCACAGUAGGCAAAGCAGGUGUGACUGGCACAGCAGGGGGCACAGCCGGGGGCACAGCAGGGGGCACAGCAGGGGGCACAGCAGGCGGCACAGCAGGGGGCUGGGACACAGCAGGAUCGCCACUCAAUUUCCAGCAGCUCAACUUGCCCCACCCACACCACUUGCGUGUAACCCCACAGCACACCGGCCAUUCGCCCCACUCCCACACGUAUGGCUUCGCUUCUCAAACACAACCUGCUGCUGCUGCUGCUGCACCUGGUGUUGGGCCGGCUGCAGGAGGGGCGGCUGCAGCUGCAGCACUGCUCGCAGCAGCACUGGGCGCUGGUGGUGCUGAUGGUGGUGGUAUAGCCGGUGCUCUGGGUGGUGGUUUUGGUGGUGCGGGUGGUUUUGGUGGGUUUGGUAACGCUGCUGGUGGUGCUGGUGUAAGCGGUGGUGGUUUGGGCAGUGCAGGCAGUCUGGGGGCCCUGGUGAGCGCGAUUGCAGGUCAAGGCUCAGGAGCUGGAAACCAGCAGAUGCUGCUGCUGCUGACUCUCUUGGCCGCACAGGCAGCAGGAGGAGGUGCCGGAGGGGGCGUGGGAGGGGGUGUGGAAGUGGAUGUGGGAGGGGGUGUGGGAGGGAGUGUGGGUUUAGGUUUUGGAGGAGCAGGAGGGGUAGGAGCAGGAGCAGGAGCAGGAGGGGGGGAAAGGCACAGGGGAAAGGGAGAGAAGUAUGGGUCGGAGGCAGGCGGGUGGCGUGCGUCGUUUGAGAGUGCUUGGCAUGUGCUGGUUGGUGCGGGAUCAGGCGGUGAGAGUGGGGACGGAGACGGGAAGAGGAGGGAUGAAGGACGGAGUGUGAGGGAGGCGGGCGGCAGAAAGCGGGCGGCAGAAGUGAUUGAGCUUACAGAUGAUGACAAAGAGGAGGCGAACGGGUCUGAUGAUGAUGUGGUGGAGAACGGUGCGGGUGGUAGUGGUAUGGGUAGUCAGAGUGUAGCUGGUCAUGCGAAUGCGGCUGGUAAUCGGGCUGCUGGUGCUGCUAAUUGGGAUCGGUUAGUGCAGCAAGUGCAGCAGCAGGGGCAGUGGCAGCAGCAGCAGCAGCAGCAGCAGCAGCAGCAGCAGCAGGAACAGCAGAAGCAACGAAAGCAGAAGCAGAAGCAACAGCAGAAGCAACAACAGCAGCAGCAGCAGCAGCAGCAGCAGCAGCAGCAGCAGACAGGUGAGGCACCUGCUACAGAUGCUUCUCCUAAAUCGCAUGAGGCUGAAGCCACAGCAGCCCCAGCCACAUCUCCAGCAGGCACAGAUUCGCCAGAGGCUGAAACCACAGCAGCUACAGCCGCACCUCCUGAUUCACCAGAGGCUGGGACCAAAGCAGCUACAGCCGCACCACCUGAUUCACCAGAGGCUGAGAUCACAGGUGCCUCAGUAGCGUCUGUAGCAGCUACAGCCGCACCACCUGAUUCACCAGAGGCUGAGAUCACAGGUGCCUCAGUAGCGUCUGUAGCAGCUACAGCCGCACCACCUGAUUCACCAGAGGCUGGGAUCACAGGUGUUGAAAUCGAUGUAGUGGACGCCAGCAUUGGCAAGCUCCUCAAAGGAAAGGAUUCUGACACACCUGUAGCUGCUACAGCUUGUGAAAAUGUGGAUGCGACAACCGAGGCUAAUGCUGUAGCUGCUACAGCCAAUGAGGGUAUGGCUGUAGCUGCUACAUCUGGUGAGGAUACACAAGAAAAGAUGGAACAACAGAAGCCUAGAGCAACAGUCACGGAUGAUAUGGAAGUGGAUGGAGGUGCGGCUAUAGGCCAUAAGUCAGGGGAUCUCACAGUAGCUACAGCUGGUGAGACGGGAUGGCACAGCAGCACCUACAACCAACAAGGCUGA